AUGAUCGUGCUGGACUCGGCGAAGGGCGAUGGCUCGCCAGCCGCAAACGGCGACGGCACAUCCGCGAGGGCCGGCGGCAAAUCGGCGUCCUCGCCCAAGGCUGGCUCCCGGGGCGUCGUCGUCGCGGACGCCCUCUACCCGCGGGAGCACAUCCGCAUGGAGUGGCCCACCGUCCGCAAGGUUGGCAGCGGCCUCGCCAACCUCGGCAACACGUGCUUCAUGAACGCCGUCAUGCAGUGCCUGACGCACACCCCGGCGCUAGCCGCGUUCUGCCUGGACGGCGAGCACCGGCGUUUCAGGCCCAAAGGAGGCAACGGCGGCGGCGGUUCGUUCAGCGCGAUAUACGAGAUGGGCGAGCACGUGUGCCGCGCGCUGGCGGGCGAGCGAAGGGUCGUCUCGCCGAGCGCGUUUGUCAAGAAUCUUCGGUCGAUAUCCAAAACGUUCCGGAAAGGUCGGCAGGAGGACGCGCACGAGUUCGCGCGAUGCCUGCUGGACGCCAUGCACGAGAAGUGCGUCGAGCACGCCAGGCCCAAGCCCCCGAAGAACUCCCCGAGAGCCGAGACCACCUUCGUGUUCCAGGUGUUUGGCGGGCGGCUCCGAUCGCAGGUGACGUGCAAGACGUGCGGCCGCAAGAGCGACACCUUCGACUCGUUCAUGGACCUCUCCCUGGACAUCGCCAAGGCCAAGAGCGUCGAAGCCGCGCUCAAGCGCUACGUCGCCGUGGAGGUUCUCGACGGGUCCAACAAGUACAAGUGCGAGAUGGGCGGGGGUAAGCCGCACAUGACGCGAGCCACGAAGCAGUUCACCAUAGACGCCGCGCCCCUUGUCCUCACCGUGCAGCUCAAGAGGUUCGAGUACGUGCCGUUCGGCCGAGGUAAGCUGACGCAGUUCGUGGAGUACCCGACGAGCCUGGACAUCACCGGCGCCAUGUCCGACGCCAACCCCAAGGCGCGAGGCGUGGAGAAGUACUCGCUCUUCGCCGUGCUCGUCCACGCCGGCGGUUCGAUGCACAGCGGACAUUAUUACUGCUACGUCAAAGCCGCGACGGGGGUGUGGUACGAGAUGGACGACGAGGGCGUCAGCGCCACGAGCGAGAGGACCGCGCUGAACCAGAAGGCGUACCUGCUGUUCUACGCGCGCGAGGGUACG